AUGAAUUAUGGAGUGUGUGUACAAAGUCCCGAAGAAAUUGACUACUUUGGCAUUUUAGAGGAGGUGGUUGAAGUUGCCUAUUGUGGUAAGCUUCGAGAGUACAAGACAAUCUUGUUUAAGUGCAGUUGGAUGGACUCCAUGAAAGGUAUGAACAUUCACGAACAAUACAAACUUGUGGAGGUCAAUCAUUCUAAGAGGUACCCAAAGUACGACCCGUUUGUAUUGUCUUACCAAGUUAGCCAAGUGUACUUUGCUCAUUACCCCAGUUUGAAGAGGGAUAAAGACCAAUGGUGGGCUGUGUUUAAGACUAAGGCAAGGUCAGUGAUUGAUGCUCCGGUUGACUUAGAAUUUCUCCAAGAAGAUGCGAAUGAGGAUUCUUCAGCUAUUUGUGCUCCGGAAGAGAUUCCAGAUCAUGAAGAUCAAGAAGAUAAUGAGGACGUGAUAGAUGAAGACGAUGUUGAGGCUGAUGAGUUUGAGACAAGUGGCGAUGAGGAUGAUGAGUUUGAGACAAGUGACGAUGAUGAUGUUGAUGAUGAGUUUGAUGAUGAUGAGUUUGAUGAUGAUGCAUACGACGACUAG